AUGACUACCCCCGAAAAUGCAUACCAGGAGCUCGCCAGCGUCUUCUCAUCUCGAGGGAACCAGAUCCUUGAGAUUGAGACGAUUUCUUCAACACUGGGCUCACCCUUUCUCCAAGAUGGCCUGUUCGUCGGAGUCACAAAGAAAAUGCUAGUACUGGCUUAUACGGUCGCGCGGAAGCUCUUCAUUGAACGUCUUCUACCAAUGUCCGACGAUGACUUCCUCAUGGACUCUUCUCAAACAGAAGCACAAUGCACUGCUGUGUCAAAUCGAGUCAUCACAGAAACAAUGCUGCUAUUCGAUUGUGAGCAUCUGAACGCAUGUAACUGGCGUAAACGCUGGCUGCUGGCUGCAGUGACUCGAUGCGCAAAGACAAAUACCCCCGAUCAAAUCGCGACAACGAGACAGGUUUUAGAAACUGAGCUGACGCUCUUGAAGACCUAUCAGUGCUCUCCAUUACACCGGCAUACUAAAUCUCCUACUCUAUGGAUGCAUCGACUGUGGGUUCUGAAGCAGAUGUUCCAGAUACAACCUUGGAGCGUACAGGAUCUUCUGGACUUGCAACAGGAAGAGCUCACUGUUGUUCUCCGUGCUGCGGAACUACAUCCUAAAAACUACUACGCGUUUAGCUAUAUGCGAAAGCUUUAUACCCUUCUUGUUGAAACGGGUGAUGUUGCAGAGCGUUCGGACUGGGCGAUCCGGUUGGCUAAGUGCUUGAUAGACCCGAUGCGUGAUUGGUGUCUUGCCCACCCGAGGGAUAUAUCAGGCUGGAUAUUCGUGGUAUAUUUGCUCGAGCGUGUUCCAGAGCAACAUAUCCAAACAGAAGUCGUUCGAAAAGUUGUUCUCUUCGCCCGAGAUAUCGGGUGGGAAGGUGAGAGCCUGUGGACUUUCGUGGAUCAAACUGUCCGGGAGUUUGAUUUGGAAAGUAUCCUUGAUCGUCUUCUUUCAUCUGGUAUUAGUGAAUCUGGAUCCUCUGCGCUCGUAGAAGACCAGGGCACCCUGAAACCUCUGCCGUGGCAGGCCCGACUAGAUAGGGCAAAGACAUAUUGGGCUAUGAAUAGAAAGAAGCAAUAA